AAAUUAAGUUAUUGCUGUGCAUGAGGCCGCAUCAGCAAUUGGCAACUGAAUAUGAUUGUUAGGAUAUUAUGGUUAUAUUUAGUUUUGUAUAAUGUAGAAUCACUAGACAACUACGUUAAUGAGUGGGCUGCCGAAAUUAAAGGGGGAGAAAAAGUUGCCAGAGAAGUUGCCGAGCUCUUUGAUUUUGAAUUCAUCGGACAAAUAGGUGGAUUAGAAGAUCAUUACCUUUUUUCCAAACAAGGAGAGCAUCGUUCCAGAAGGGCUGCUGAACAUGAACAUACUAAAAGGCUGGCCGAUGACCCUAGGGUAAAAUGGGCGGAGCAACAAGUUGCCAUUAGUAGAGUCAAGCGCUCUAUUAUCAGCAAAAGAGAUUCAGAUAAAGCCUAUCGGAAUGUCUACUAUAAUGAUAAACUUUUUGGUGAUGAAUGGUAUCUCAAAAGAGACCUAGGCGUCAGUAAUGAUAAUAUUCUUGCUGAGUCAGGAAAAACUGUAAAAGAAGAUCUUGGAGUUAUUCCAUGUUGGGCCAAAGGCUUCACUGGAAAAAAUGUUCGAGUAGCCAUAUUGGAUGACGGCUUAGAACAUAAUCAUACGGAUUUGAUAAAAAACUAUGAUCCAUUAGCAAGUACUGACUUAAACGGUAAUGAUCCUGAUCCCUUCCCAAGAUAUGAUCCAACAGAUGAGAAUCGUCAUGGAACGAGAUGCGCUGGUGAAGUUGCAAUGGAGGCUGAUAAUAAAAUUUGUGGAACUGGCGUUGCAUACGAUGCUAAAAUAGGAGGAAUUCGUAUGCUAGAUGGAACAGUAACUGAUGGACUGGAGGCCGCAGCAUUAAGUUUUAAAAACCAAUAUGUUGAUAUCUUUUCUUCUAGCUGGGGACCGAAAGAUAAUGGAAAAACCAUGGAAGGUCCGAGCAGGUUAACGAGUAAAGCUUUAGAAGAGGGUGCCAAAUAUGGCAGAAGAGGUCUUGGUGUUAUAUAUGUUUGGGCUUCGGGUAAUGGAGGAGCGUAUGGUGACAGUUGCAGUUGCGAUGGAUAUACUAGUUCUAUAUAUACACUGUCUGUAUCUUCCGCAACACAAAGUAGAACGACUCCAUGGUAUUCUGAAAAAUGUCCAAGUACCAUGACAACUGCCUACUCAUCAGGGAGUGGACCGGAUCAAGCAAUGGUUAUUAGCACUGAUCUUCAUAAUAAAUGUACAAAUAGACAUACCGGAACAUCGGCCGCAGCUCCAAUGGCAGCUGGAAUAUUCGCACUAGUUCUGCAAGCCAACCCAACAAUAACUUGGAGAGAUCUUCAGCACUUAGUCGCUUUCACAUCUAGAAAAGAACCUUUACAAGAAAAUGAAGGCUGGAAGAAAAAUGGAGCCGGAUUUUGGGUUAAUAGUCGUUUCGGCUUUGGUUUAUUAAAUGCGGUUGGAUUAGUCAAUGCUGCAGACAAAAGCACUUGGGAGAACGUUUCUCCUCAGGAAAUUUGUGAAAAAUUGUCUAACAGGCAUCAACUUCCACAGAUAUUGACAAGCGGUGAUGAAUUAAAAAUUAAAUUCAAGGUAGAAACAUGUAAGAUUCGCUUCCUUGAACAUGUAGUUAUUAUGGUCAACAUGUCUUAUACACGAAGGGGAGAUCUUCAUAUUAUAUUAAAAUCUCCGACUCAAACAGAUACAACCCUGCUACCAAAACGACCAGCUGAUAAUUCAAGUGAUGGAUUAAAAUAUUGGCCUUUCAUGAGUGUGCAUUCGUGGGGUGAAAAUCCCAACGGUGAAUGGACUCUUAUUGUAAGGGAUUCUGGAGAAAGAAAGAAUAAUUAUGGACGAUUAACGGACGUUAGCUUUAAAUUUUAUGGUACAGUGCACUACCCCAAAUACUACACUGAUCAUUAUCUCAACUUAGAAAAAGUGAGUAAACUUAUUAAAAUAUAAACAUGUUGCUCGAAUACUGCUAGUGCUAGCAUCUCAUGAUAAAGAUCAAACAACUUAUUUUAAAAUGUCAAUAUUUUUUAUCAUCUUUUUUAUUUUUAACCAGUCUUUAAAAAAAGAUAGAGAAAGUUAUAAAAAUGUCGUAUCACCAGGUAUGUCAGUUUCAUUAAUUUCGGCAGUUUUCGUGAGGCUAUUUUGGUGAUAUCAACUACUCUCACUUUCUUCUAUUAAUCAACAUUAUGUCUAAAAUACUAAAAAGUUAUUCUUUAUAUACAGCAUAUCUUCAGCAUGUCAUAUGUGUCCAGACUUUAUUGUACUUUACCUUUAUUUUUAUACUUUUCUAGGUGGAUCACGAGACAACACAGUCUUCAAUGAAUAGUCAGAAAUUUUCUGCAAAUCUUGAAAGUCCUGCAGAAAGACAACAUCCUUCUAAAUAUUCCGUCUGGGAAGACUUUCUCAACAAUAAAUAUUUCGACGAAAAACUUUUUCAAUGGUUCAGACAAAAAUCAAAGUAUAUAAAUGAUAUCGAUCAUAGUGACUCCAAGACGGAUAACCUCUACGACUAAUCUAAGUUUCCGCUUUCAACAUUAUUCUAAAAUGUUCAAGUUUAAGAUGAAUUAAUAAACGAACCGAGCAUUGAUUUAUGCCAUUUUAAAUUUUUAAAUUAUUUUCACCCACAGUAUAUAGUAUCAUUCGUUUGAAAGCAUAUCAAUAUGAAUAGGUAAAGAGUAUGAAAGUAUCUUUUUUUACCUAGAUAUUGUUUCUCGUUUCAGCCAACAGAGGGGGCGAUUUAAAUAUCAUUUAUUUUUCAAAUGGAAUUAGCUUAAUUUUUUCUAAACACAUUUAUUAUAAUUUCA